ACGAUGAAUCCGCAUGCAUUCUAGUGCAUUGCAGCUUCUUCUUCGUUUAUUCUCCGAUUUCUUUUCACAGUUGCAGUUUCCGGUUUCUUGUUUCGAUUUCGCAUGAUUACAGGUGGAUUUGGAGAAUUUUGAUGAGAGGUCACAAGAGAAGGAAGCAGCACAUGCAUCUAUGAAGAAGACUGGGGUACGCAGGUCGCCACCGCACUACCUGAUGCAAUUGUCGCUUGUCGACAUUGUUAUGCUUCUUCUUCAUGUGGUUUCCCAACGAUUUUCUCAGAUGGAAUGGCAGAUCCUGCUAGCUAUGGGAAUUAUGAGCGUGACAUUGAGCAAGCACUUAUCAUUUUGAAAAAAGGAAGUCAACUAAUCAAGUAUAGCCGAAAAGGAAAGCCGAAGCUCUGCCCAUUCAGAAUCUCUACUGACGAAACCACACUGAUCUGGUAUUCACAUGGAGAAGAAAGGACCUUGAAAUUAUCUAGCAUCUCACGAAUUGUCCCAGGACAAAGAACUGCUGUAUUCAGAAGGUAUUUGAGGCCUGAAAAGGAAUACUUAUCAUUUUCAUUGUUGUAUAGAAACGGGGAACGGUCACUUGAUUUGAUCUGCAAGGACAAAGGUGAAGCUGAAGUCUGGCUUGUUGGCCUUAAGAAUUUAAUUUCUUCAAAAAUACAGCAUGGACGUUCUAGGAGUGAUUUUUCAGAUUUGCAGGAUGGUAGUGAGUUCUUUCAAAGUGGUCGAAAUUUUGGUGCAACCUUAGAAUUUAGUAACAGCUUAGCUCGGGGAAGGGAUUCUAUUGAUUUAAAUUCUCGUGAAUCUUCAUUGCAUCUGGUAAGUUCAGAUGUGGGUUCAGAACGUGCAAAUAUGCAACGAAGUGGUGGAGAUGGUUUCCGCAUCAGUGUAUCAAGCACUCCUAGUUGUUCGAGUGGAGGAUCUGGACCAGAUGAUAUAGAGUCAUUGGGUGAUGUUUAUGUCUGGGGUGGGAUUUGGUCUGAUUUAGUUUUACCCGAUGGAACUUCAAGUCCAAUACCAGUAAAAAAUGAUGUGCUGAUUCCAAAGCCAUUGGAGACAAAUGUUGUUCUUGAUGUUCAUCAGAUUGCUUGCGGUGUCCGACACAUUGCUCUCGUAACGAGGCAAGGUGAGGUUUUCACAUGGGGUGAAGAAUGUGGGGGACGGCUCGGUCAUGGAGUUGAUAGAGACUUUAGUCGCCCCCGUCUUGUUGAGUUUCUGGCAGUUAGUAAUGUAGACUUUGUAGCUUGUGGUGAGUAUCAUUCAUGUGCCAUAACCUCUUCAAAUGAUUUAUUCUCUUGGGGUGAUGGAAUAUUUAGUUCUGGAAUUCUUGGUCAUGGCACUGAUGUUAGUCACUGGAUACCCAAAAGAGUUGUCGGUCCUUUGGAAGGGCUUCAAGUUUUAUCUGUUGCAUGUGGCACGUGGCAUUCAGCACUAGCAACUUCCAACGGAAAACUAUACACAUUUGGUGAUGGAACAUAUGGUGUACUGGGCCAUGGAGAUAGGGAGAGUAUUGCAUAUCCAAGAGAGGUGCAAUUAUUGAGUGGACUUAGGACCAUUAAAGUUGCUUGUGGAAUCUGGCAUACUGCUGCUAUUGUUGAGGUUAUGGGUCAGACUGGUUCUAACAUGUCAUCUAGAAAGUUGUUCACUUGGGGUGAUGGUGACAAAUACCGUUUGGGUCAUGGAAACAAGGAAACUUAUCUUCUUCCUACUUGUGUUUCUUCACUCAUAGACUACAAUUUCCACCAGUUGGCAUGUGGACACAACAUGACUGUGGCUCUUACCACAUCGGGUCAUGUGUUUACCAUGGGUGGUACUGCAUAUGGUCAGCUAGGCAAUCCAAGUUCAGAUGGAAUUAUUCCUUGCUUAGUGCAGGAUAGAUUAGUUGGUGAAUUUGUUGAAGAAAUUUCUUGCGGUGCAAGUCACACAGUUGUUCUCACAUCAAGAAAUGAAGUGUUUUCUUGGGGCAGGGGUGCCAAUGGAAGGUUGGGACAUGGAGAUGUAGAGGAUAGGAGAUCCCCAACACUCGUGGAAGCUCUGAAGGACCGGCAUGUUAAAAGUAUAUCUUGUGGUUCAAACUUUACUGCAAGUAUAUGUAUUCAUAAGUGGGUUAGCGGAGCAGAUCAGUCAGUUUGCACUGGUUGUCGUCAAGCAUUUGGUUUCACGAAGAAGAGGCACAAUUGUUAUAACUGUGGGCUGGUGCAUUGUCAUUCAUGCAGCUCCAAGAAAGCUUUGAAAGCAGCAUUGGCACCUACCCCAGGCAAACCACACCGAGUAUGUGAUUCUUGCUAUGCAAAACUUAAAGCUGCUGAGGCUGGCAACAAUUUGGCUAUAAAUAGAAAAUUGACGGCCAGUCGUCAUUCAACAGAUUAUAAGGAAAGAUUUGAUAGGGUGGAGGUGAGAACUUCUCGCAUUCUAUUGUCUCCCACCACAGAACCUGUUAAAUAUCAUGAGAUUAAAUCAGUAAAACCAGGGAGUAGACCAUCUUCUCCUUCUAUGGUCAGAGCUUCUCAGGUGCCAUCUCUUCAGCAACUGAAAGACAUUGCAUUUCCAAGUUCGUUGAGUGCUAUUCAAAAUGCUUGGAGGCCCGCAACUGUGGCACCAGCAUCACCACCUCCAAUGUGCAAUUCAAGACCUGUAUCACCAUAUUCAAGGAGGCCAAGCCCUCCACGUUCAUCUACUCCAGGAUUUUCGAAGACUGUUAUUGAUAGUCUCAAGAGGUCAAAUGAGACUCUCAGGAAAUCAAAUGAGACAUUGACUCAAGAAAAUUCAAGGCUUGAACGCCAGGUUUAUAGCUUGAAGCAGAAAGUUGAUACUCAAGAUACAGAAAUUCGAAAUUUGUGCAAAAAUGUAAGUGAAGUGGCUUCAUUAGUUGAAGAAGAAUCCUCCAGGUGCAAAAUAGCAAAGAAAUUAGUUACUACAAUUACAGACCAGUUGAAGGAAAUGACUGAGAAACUGCCACCUGAGAUAUCUGAUGGUGAAACUUUUAAGGCAAUGUAUGCCCAAGCUGAAGCUUUCUUAAAUAUAGUUGAGACAUCGAAAACUUCGUCUUUGCCUUCGAGUCGUGAAAAAGCUGACACACCCAAUAAUGGAUCUACUCCCUCACUUGCUGAUUCUUCAAAGAGGCUAGAAGACGAUUUAGUCACUUCAGGAAUGAAGGACUUAACGCAGGUUAAUGUAAAUAAUCUUCUGGAAAGUAAGAAAACUUCUGCAAGGGAGGCAGUUUCUCAAAGUACAGAAAAUGGCUCUAGAUCUCCAUUAUCUUCAGCACCCCCAACUGGAAGCGAAAAGCAAGUUAUUGAGCAAUUUGAACCUGGUGUUUAUGUAACUUUGGUUGUGCUUUCAAAUGAUACCAAGAUUUUCAAACGCGUUAGAUUCAGCAAGAGAAAGUUUGAUGAGCAGCAAGCAGAAGACUGGUGGAGUAAAAACAAAGACAGGCUGCUUAAGAGAUAUAACCCAUCAACAAGCUACUCUACGCCAACUGGUUCACCUAAAAUUCAAUCCUCUGCGGAGGAAAGUAAUGAAGCUCCAACAACUCCCAAACUGGAUGUAUAGGAAUCCAAAGGAUUGCUUUAGAGUAGCAGCAUCAGGUUUCUUCUAGAUCUUGAUGAAUCUGUAGAUUAGAAGCAACGAGACAAGAUUCGACUCCAGAAUAACGACGACCUUACUCGAAUAAGUUCUAAGAUUCAACUUCCAGAAUAAGUCAAGGUUAAAACUUCAAUUCCAGGUGGGUCAAUGAAGACAUCGAAGGUUCGUUCAUUUGGACACACAAAAAAA